UCAUCAACGAACACACACAGGUGAAAAGCCAUAUCAUUGUUCUCAGUGUAGAAAGUCUUUUAGUAGAAAGUCUUAUCUCAAGACACACCUGAUGAUCCACACUGGGGAAAAGCCAUAUCAGUGUACUACAUGUGAGAAGGGUUUCAGGAGUAGCAAAGAACUUAGAAUCCACCAGAUGACACACACAGGAGAAAAGCCCCAUCAAUGUUCUCAGUGUGGAAAGACUUUUAGUCAAAUGAGUAGUCUCAAGAAACACCUGAUGAUCCACACUGGGGAAAAGCCAUAUCAGUGUUCUCAGUGUGGAAAGACUUUUAGUCAAAUGGGUACUCUCAAGACACACCAGAGGGUCCAUAGUGGAGAAAAGUCAUAUCAUUGUUCUCAGUGUGGAAAGACCUUUAGUGAAAUGGGUACUCUCAAGAAACACCAGAGAAUCCACACUGGAGAAAAGCCCCAUCAAUGUUCUCAGUGUGGAAAGACUUUUAGUCAAAUGGGUAGUCUCAAGAUACACCUGAUGAUCCACACUGGGGAAAAGCCAUAUCAGUGUUCUCAGUGUGGAAAGACUUUUAGUCAAAUGGGUACUCUCAAGACACACCAGAGGGUCCAUAGUGGAGAAAAGUCAUAUCAUGGUUCUCAGUGUGGAAAGACCUUUAGUGAAAUGGGUACUCUCAAGAAACACCAGAGAAUCCACACUGGAGAAAAGCCCCAUCAAUGUUCUCAGUGUGGAAAGACUUUUAGUCAAAUGGGUAGUCUCAAGAUACACCUGAUGAUCCACACUGGGGAAAAGCCAUAUCAGUGUUCUCAGUGUGGAAAGACUUUUAGUCAAAUGGGUCAUCUCAAGACACACCUGAUGAUCCACACUGGGGAAAAGCCAUAUCAAUGUACUACAUGUGGAAAGGGUUUCAGGAGUAGCAAAGAACUUAGAAUCCACCAGAUGACACAUACUGGAGAAAAGCCACAUCAGUGUUCUCAGUGUGGAAAGACUUUUAGUCGAAUGGGUCAUCUCAAGACACACCAGAGUAUCCAUACUAGAGAAAAGCCAUAUCAUUGUUCUCAGUGUGGAAAGACUUUUAGUCAAAUGGGUACUCUCAAGACACACCAGAGGGUCCAUAGUGGAGAAAAGUCAUAUCAUUGUUCUCAGUGUGGAAAGACCUUUAGUGAAAUGGGUACUCUCAAGAUACACCAGAGAAUCCACACUGGAGAAAAGCCAUACCAUUGUUCUCAGUGUGGAAAGACUUUUAGUCAAAUGAGUAGUCUCAAGAUACACCUGAUGAUCCACACUGGGGAAAAGCCAUAUCAGUGUUCUCAGUGUGGAAAGACUUUUAGUCAAAUGGGUCAUCUCAAGACACACCAGAGGGUCCAUAGUGGAGAAAAGUCAUAUCAUUGUUCUCAGUGUGGAAAGACCUUUAGUGUAAUGGGUACUCUCAAGAUACACCAGAGAAUCCACACUGGAGAAAAGCCAUAUCAUUGUUCUCAGUGUGGAAAGACCUUUAGUGAAAUGGGUACUCUCAAGAUACACCAGAGAAUCCACACUGGAGAAAAGCCAUAUCAUUGUUCUCAGUGUGGAAAGACCUUUAGUGUAAUGGCUACUCUCAAGAAACACCAGAGAAUCCACACUGGAGAAAAGCCAUAUCAUUGUUCUCAGUGUGGAAAGACUUUUAGUCAAACGGGUCAUCUCAAUAGACACCAGAGAAUCCAUCACGGGGAAUAGCCAUAUCAAUUUACUAUACGUGGGAAGGGAUUCAAAUGUAUCUCAUAUAUCACUGUCCAUUAGGUCACACAUCAGUUCCAGUUCCGUAUGAUUCUAUAAAAUCAGCAAUUUACUGCAUUCCCCCUGAUAUUGCAACUUUAAUUGUAUAUUGCGUUUUUAAUUGCACAGAUGUUACACCUUGAUAUUAAACUACAAUUUAUUGCUGCUUCUUCUGGCCUCCUAAUGUUGGUAUAAGGUUAUGCACAGUCUGUCCCAACCAAUGCCACUGCUUCAUGUCCCAUUCGUUUGAUGUCAGGUGUGUGAUGGACUGACGACCAUGCUGAAGUUAGUGUGAUGUUAGAAAUUAGUUGUACGUUAAAAACAUCCUUGGAUCUAUAUCUGUUGUACUUUUUUUAAACUCAAUAAAAAAACAUUUCUCCAAAUUAAUGCAUAAUGAUUUACAAUGCAUCUUGCAUUUCCAUAACAUUCUAGUAUGGCUGAAAUGAGCAUAAAAGCAAUAAUACUAAUAACAUCGUUAUUAUUAUUGUUGUUUUGUGUUCUUGGGUGAGUUGUAAAGAUUGUCUGACAAGCAUAUAUACAAUUACACAAAUUAUUUUGUUAGAAAUGAAUUAAAUAUAGUUAAACACAAAUUAGACACAUACAUUUGCAAUAUACUGUAGUUACACAUGUGAUGUCAUGAAAAGUAAAAGUAAGCUGUUGGCG